UUUAAAAAACCUGUCUAUUUACUCAAUGAACCGGUUACAAAGGUGGCACCACCCACUCUUAAAAACCCUCGUCUUUGGAGGUGACAGCUGUCACAGGACACAGACAGGUGAACCAGCGGAGGACGACGAUGGCCGCCGUCUCACCUCAGAACGUGGAGUUCGUACGAACUGGCUACGGCAAAAAUGCGGUGAAAGUGUUGGUGAUCCGGCGACAGGGGAAGCGUCACUCCGUCAUCGAGCUGAAGGCUGACGUCGAGCUCACGCUGAAAACACACAGAGCCUACCUGGACGGAGACAACUCGGAGGUCAUCCCCACCGACACCAUCAAGAACACCGUCCAUGCACUGGCCAAACUCAAAGGGGUGAAGAGCAUUGAGCAGUUUUCCCUGGACAUCUGCAAUCAUUUCCUGACCUCCUUCAACCACGUGCUGAAGGUGAAGGUCAACAUGGAGGAGGCUCCGUGGAGACGAUUAGAGAAGAAUGGGCUGGAACACGCACAUGCCUUUAUCUUCAGCCCAGAGGCGGAUCGCAUUUGUGAUGUUGAACAGAAUCUAGGAGGCCGCCCAGUAAUCCACAGUGGAGUGAAGAACAUGAAGGUGCUGAAAACCACACAGUCUGGUUUCGAAGGUUUUCUUCGUGACCGCUUUACUACGCUGCAGGAAACCAAGGACAGGUGUUUCUGCACUUCCAUCUAUUCCAGGUGGCGCUACAACAAGGUCCAGGAUGUCGACUUUGAUGCCGCCUGGAAGUGUGUGAGAGACACAAUCGUAGAAAAGUUUGCUGGGCCCUACGAUCGUGGAGAAUUCUCCCCAUCGGUGCAGAAGACUCUUUAUGAAUCACAGCUCCUGAUCCUGGAGCGAGUUCCUGAGGUGGAGGAGAUUGAGAUUGUUAUGCCCAACCAGCAUUACUUCACCAUUGACAUGACAAAAAUGGGUAUUGCCAACAAAGAUGAAGUACUACUUCCCCUGGACAGUCCGGCAGGAAACAUCACAGGCACCGUGCGAAGAAAACCGACGGCAAAGCUGUGAAGAAGUCAACAAAAUGUCCAGGCAGCAAUGCUGGCCUCACACUAACAUUAUUCUUUUUGAAUUAAAAAAAAUGGUUUGAAAACUUGAAAA